CAUUCGUUGGUCCCUCUGCACAUGCCUUGCUGUUUCUGGUUUAUGACUCUGCUGUUUGAACGGUAUGGACAAAUCCAGCAGCCCAAGUUCAGAUGAGGUGAUGGACAGUAAAGCAGUGUUUUCAGCCCUGUAUGAGAUGUGUGAGGAGAAUGCCAUGUUCUUCAGUGGAGGCCCUGAAAGACCAACCGGAGAUGCUGCUCAAAGGCUGGUGGACACCAUGGUGACCAUCCAAGAACACGCUCGCAGUCUGGAGCCUGUUCUGGCUGGCUUCUCCUCCAUCUAUCACCACUUCGACUUCGACCCUCACGUCCAUGCCAAUGGAUACCGCUCAUUAGUGAAGGUAGUGCGCUGCUGUCUUCUCCACAUUAUCCAAAAGGGGCGCUACAUUGCCUCCAACAGGCGGAGCAUCUUUUUCCGCAUGGCCCACAGUGCUGGUGAGAUGGAGGCGUACUGCAGUGCUCUAUGUCAGCUCAGGGCUCUGCUCUACCUGGCCCAGCGCCUUCUCCAUGACAACAGCCAUGGCAACCUCUUCUUCCAGGAGGAGAGCGGCCUCAGUGAAAGCUUUCUGCAGGAGUACGCCUCCAUGCACAAGGCCUGUUUCUAUGGCCGCUGCGUCGGGUUCCAGUUUACUCCGGCCAUCCGACCGUCUUUGCAGAGUAUUACAAUAGGCCUGGUUGCCUUUGGAGAGAACUACAAGAAACACCAGUCUGGAAUAGGUGUUGCUGCUGGUUCCUUGUUCACUUCUGGGAAGUAUGCCCUUGAUCCUGAACUCAGGGGUCAAGAGUAUGAGCGCAUUACUCAGAACUUGGACAUUCAUUUCUGGAAGACCUUCUGGAAUAUCACUGAAACCGAAGUUCUGGCGGGCUUGGUCAGUAUGACCUCCGUCCAGGUAAAGGUGAAUCGUGCCCUCUCGGUGUCUCCUGAGCCCUUUGACCUGCCGAUGGUGUCUGACCCCACACGUAUGGUUACGAUUUGCCCUCCGGCUGCCCACAUCGGCCCUGCCCAGAUCCAGAUGAGGCUCAUCUCCAGUGAACUGAGGGAAGGGCAGGACAGUGAGAAGCUGCUGGCGCUGUGUCGUUCUGAGGGCGGUCCCAUCUCACUCUCGCUAGGUCUGAAGGCUAAAAAGUGCCCCCCCUCCCCCUGGCUGGUGGUGCACUACCACGGGGGAGGCUUUGUGGCACAGACGUCCAGAUCGCACGAGCCCUAUCUGAAGAGCUGGUCGCAGGACCUGGGGGCCCCACUGCUAUCUGUAGACUACUCUCUGGCCCCAGAGGCCCCAUUCCCCCGAGCCCUGGAGGAAUGCUUCUACGUCUACUGCUGGGCCAUCAAAAACCACAACCUUCUGGGCUGGACAGGAGAGCGUGUGUGUUUGGCAGGCGACAGUGCAGGGGGGAACCUGUGCAUCACCGUGUCAAUGAGGGCGGUAGCUCAUGGUGUUCGCCUGCCUGAUGGCAUCAUGGCAGCCUACCCAGCCAUCCUGCUCACCAUGUAUGCCUCGCCUUCCCGCCUCCUCAGCCUCAUGGACCCUCUUCUGCCUCUCAGUGUCCUCUCCCGCUGCCUCAGUGCUUACGCAGGUAUGGACACACAGGUAGAGAAGCAGGUGGAGAAGGUCAGCACUCUGGGGUUGGUGCGGAGAGACACAGCACUGCUGUUCAAAGAUUUGAAGCAGGGAGCCUCUAAUUGGAUCCACUCCAUCCUGGAGUCCACCAGGGCAAGUGCAGAGACUGUGAGGAAGAGUGCGUCAGAAGGCACUCUGAUGUCCCCCGACUCCGACCCUCCAGUUCUAGUAGAGUUCUCAGUGAAGAGCCACACUUGUGAAGUCCUGAUGAACCAUACAGCCAGCACACCAGGCCACAGCCAGCCUACUGUAGACAGCCCUGUAUCUGACCAAAACACCACGCACUCUGAUCACAACAGCACCCUCUCUGCCCUCCAGCAUCCCAUCCUUGGCUCCACCCCACCUGCUGAGAGUGAGACUGUAAAUUUUUUAAUCUCUAAGGAAGUGGAUCCCACAGUGAGGGAUACAAUAUCAUCCGUGGCCAUACCUCCCCCUAGCAGCGAGCAAAACUCUGAAGGUCCACGCGAGUUUCCCGCCAGCUUUGAGCCUCUUCGCUCUGAGCAGUGUGCCGAGAUGAAGAUGGACUCCUCACCCAUCUUCAGAAAUCCCUACAUGUCUCCCCUUCUGGCUCCAGAUCAGAUGCUGAGGGGACUGCCUCCUGUACACAUAGUGGCGUGUGCUCUGGACCCCAUGCUGGACGAUUCUGUGAUGUUUGCCAAGCGCCUGCGGAAUGUCGAGCAGCCUGUGACCCUGUGUGUGGUGGAUGACCUCCCACAUGGCUUCCUUAGCCUAUCACAACUGUCCAAAGAGACCCGUGAGCUUCCAACGUCUGCCUGGAGAGAAUCAGAGAAAUCUUCACCUCGAAAGACCCACCUCUGGAGAUGCGUGAACACCGUAAGCUCGAAAGGACCAAUCACGGGGCUUCAGGUGUUAAGGGAGAUCCUGCUAUGCUGUUUGAAAGGUCCAGUAAGGAAGAACAUGGACAGGCUGUUGUUUAAAGGCAUUAAACAGUGCUGCACCCAUGCAAUAAAACACUGAGGCACUUUAAAAAUUUUUUAAGGAUUUAAGAUAAGCAGAUACUGCCUAUCCUGGAGAGAGAAAAAAGCAGAAUCCCGGAACAUAGAGGAAGGUAGGUCUUAAGAAAGAGAACAGAAGGCUUAUUAGGAUCACUGUACAAGGAUACAGUAGCUCGAGGAGUAAAAUUGUGCAAUAGUGUAAUUUUGUACUUGAGAACCAAAGCAGCAAUAUGUAUAUAGAAGGAAAGAUUGGAGAAAGUGUGUUAGAUGCAUGGUGAGCUCAAUAUUCCAUUAUUCUGCUGCUUACAUUUCUGCUUGAGACAGCUGCAGCACAUUAAAAUUCAAGCUUGCAUAAACAUGUACACCCUUUAACAUGAAAUAUUACCAGUUGCCUUUUCAGUGUUGCUUUGCUGGAUAAAAAAAAAAAAUCUGAACUUGUGGAGAUACUGUAAAUACCCACACAGACAGUGAUGUCUGCUGCCUUUAUUUCUGUAGCUGUGCUUUGAUUCUCCUACUGUACUGCUUAAUUCAGGUCUUUAACAAGCUUUCUUCUCAUUUUUAGUGGGUCAGCCAAGUAGAAAACUGGUUUAAUGUAGUAUACACGCUCUCUCACACACACACAUCAGCCAUAAUAUUAAAACCACCUGCAUAAUAUUGUGUGGUCCCCCUCAUGCCACCAAAAUAGCUGACUGAGACAUGGACUCCACUAGAACUCUGAAUGUGUCCUGUGGUGUCCGGCAUCAAGAUGUUUGCAGCAAAUCCUCCAAGUCCUGUAAAGUUAUAUUUGGGUCUCAUGGAUUGGGCUUUUUUUUCCAGCACACACACUCGUCAGCGUGACCCAUGAUGUUUUAAAGAAAACAUGAUUCAUCAGACCAGGGCACCUUAUUCUAUUGCUCCAUAAUCCAGGUCUGAAGCUUGUGUGCUUGUUGAUGGAGCUUUUGGCAGAGGAUGGGUCAGCACAGCCUUUUUGCCUGCUCAGCUAUGCAGCCCCUUUUACAUCAAGAUGUAAUGCACUGUGCAUUGACGCCUUUGUCAUAGCCAGGAUUAACUUUUUCAGUUUGCCGGUUGUCCUUCCUCGGACCACUUUUGGUAGGUACUAACCAAUGCAUACUGGAAACACCCUUACCGUUUUGAAGAUGCACUGACCCAGUCGUCUAUCCAUUAUAAUUUAGCCCUUGUCAAAGUCACUCAGAUUCUUGCGCUGGCCCAUUUUUCCUGCUUUCAAAACACCAUCUUCAAGAACUGAUGGUUCACUUUCUGCCUAAUAUAUCCCAACCCUUGACAUGUGCUAUUGUAACAUGAGAUUACAUGUAAUGACCGGUUAUCCAUCUGUUACUGGUUUUAAUGUUAUGGCUGUGCGUGCGUGUGCACGUGUGCAUGCAUACAUGUGCGUGUGUAUUUGAUAAGAAAAACACUGAUAAUAUAACUGACCAUAACAUCACGAUUGGGAAUUUGUGCGCCAAUUUUUCAAAGUAGGUGUUGAAUGUGGUUGUUUUUUGAGCACUACAUGAAUAUUUGAAAUGUUUAUUAGAAAAAGAGACAGUCUGGACUUUCUCCCAGUAUUGCCUCCAGACUGACCAUCACAAGAGCCUUGCAGUCCUUCUGCCAAGGGAAGCCAUAACAUGUCACUCAUUGUGCCUGGUCUACUUGUACGUUUUUAUUCCACCCAUUGCGAUGUUUACUAAUUAGUCAUGCAAAGGUGAAUUUACAUUUACUUUACCUGGCAAGGAGUCCUACUGCCUCAGAACACUAGCUCGGGUUACGUCAUUAUAUCAAAAGCCUGUUGAGGAUACACGAAUAGUAAAUGUUUUAUGCACUUCAGUUUAUCAUGUUCUUCCCUUUUUUAUUUGUUAGUACAUCCCCUCUCCUCUCAAACUCUCUCUCUGUCAUCAUAGUCGCAGGCCGAGACCUCUGCACACUGACCCAUUUCCAGUAUUUCCAUUUCCCUUAUUAUCCAAGUGAUAUUUUAAGCCAAACCUCUCAACAACCUUGGACCAGUGAUCCAUUUCACCAUGUAUGAGUGCUUCUUCCUCGGUAUGCUGGCAGAAAGGACUGAAAUCAGGUCAUCACAUUUCUGUGGUAUAAACCAUUUGCUUUUUCAAAACCAGUCAGAUUUUAGUCAAUUCAGUUGCACAGUGAAACUGCAGCAAAUCCUCUCCAACCAAAAUAUUCCUUUGGGUGAAGCCAAAAAUUUUUUCUCCACAAAUGCUAAUUCAAAGGUUGAACUUUAGCAUUAGAAGUUUUGGGAAUGCUGUUUAUUGGUUAGUACAGACUGUUCUUUAUCCAGCUCUCUGGAAUUUAUGUGGACAACUACUGAAGUCCUAUCAUCUGAUACUGCUACUAUAGUCAAAUACACUUCAGAGAUUAUAACUCAGUAAGUGACUAUACAUGUUUACAUUUGACCUCAGAUCAGACACGGACAUGGUAAUGUAGGUAUGCUAGUCCCCUGUAGGACCAGCAUGGGUCCAUCCUGUCUCUCUUUUGUCUGUCCAUUUUCAUGAUCAGUCUCUUGCUCUUGUUACUGUGGUGCCCAAUUCAAAUCCCCCAUACCUCUUCACUGCCCAGGACACUGCAUGCUGGCUUAUGCAGUACUGCUCACAUCAAUGAGCAUUAACUCCACCCUCAUCUUUAGUCUAGAGUCUUUAACUCUGCCUCAUGUUUAGACUACAAUAAUUAACUCCACCUUCAUCUUUAGACGAUAAAUUAGAGCUAGGCUGCUAAUCAGGGGUGCAGACAUGCUCCAGCAACAGCAAAGCAAAUUAAUAGAGCCUUGUUGCUGGAAUGGCUAUUCACUGAACCAGAACUGUCUGUAAAACAGUUCAGUCUGUGAAGCAGAAGGGCCACAUGACUGGAGUUUUCACUCUGAGGUUGCUAAGCUAAAUAGAUGUGUGCAUUGUAUGUUUAAUAAUACAAAUCAGACAUUUUGCCAAAUGCCAAACAAACUGCACAAUCAACUCUGUAAUGAAGACUACUGUAUUUCCCAUUCUCCCAUGAGAAGAAAAUUUUUUUUUUAAAUCACAUUCAAAAUGCAUACUUCAGUAUUUGACCAUAUAGCUUUGACCAUGAAGUGCUUGUUUUCUAAAGGUCUAUAAAAAUACAAGUACAAGUGUGUAAUUGGAAUGCAUAAGCAUAAAUAUAUUGGUUGGAAAUGUAUAUAAAGUAUUUUUAACUUCUCUAUUAGAUUUAUAUUCUCCUCUGAGACUGGUUUUAUGCUGAAUUCACUUGUAUUGUUUUGCAUAUAUUAGACUAACUUUUCUAUAUUACAUACUUUAAAAAAAUAUUUUGAUGCUACCCAAGUUAUUUUCUUAUCAUGAACAUUUUUUGUAAUUAAAAUUUUUUUUUUCAAAAUGCAGAGUCUACGCCACUGUGUCAAAGCUCAUGUUGGUUACAUUUCUAAAUGUUCGUGCUGGUCUAGGAUCAGUUCUGUCCAUGGGGAGUUACUAGUAGUUUUUGUUUAAAACGUGAAUAAAUAGUCUAAAUUAAA